AUGUCGGAAAUGAACGCUGUCCGCUUUUAUGGCCAACGCGAUAUACGGCUUGACAAAAUCCCCGUACCCUCCGUCAAGCCUGGCCAGGUAAAAAUCGCGCCCAAAUUCUGCGGCAUCUGUGGCUCCGACCUGCACGAAUAUCUGGGUGGUGCAAAUCUGAUCCCUUCGCAAGGCCAUCCUCACCCAAUAACCGGUGAGACACUCCCCCUAACGCUUGGCCACGAGUUCAGCGGCGUCGUCGAGGAAGUUGGAUCCGGAGUCGAUCACGUCAAGCCCGGUGACCGAGUAUGCGUUCAGCCCAUCAUCUACGACGGCAGCUGUCGAGCCUGCCGACGAGGAUUGGUGAAUUGCUGUGAUAAUAAUGGAUUCGUGGGUCUCUCCGGCUGGGGUGGUGGCCUUUGUGAACAUAUGGUCGUUCCUGCAAGCUGCGUUAAGCCGUUGCCGGACAAUAUCUCUCUCGAAGUUGGUGCCCUGAUCGAACCAUUGGCAGUCGGCUGGCAUGCAGUGGACAUUUCACCCUUCAAGGAGGGCGAUUCGGUUCUUGUCCUCGGUGGUGGUCCAAUUGGUCUCGCGGUGGUCCAGGCACUAGUUGGCAGAGGAUGUAGGAAUAUCAUUGUCAGCGAAGUCAGUGGCAAGCGGAGAGCUUUUGCCCAACAAUUCGGCGCCCAUCAUGUGGUGGAUCCGAUCAAGACAGACAUCGUCGAAGAGGUCGAGAAAUUGACUAACGGAGAAGGAGCAGAUGUGGGAUUUGAUGCAGCUGGUGUCCAACCGGCAGUCGAUACGGCCUUCAAAGCAAUCAAAGCCCGAGGAACUUUGGUGAAUAUUGCAGUAUGGGAGAAGAGAGCGACGUUGAACAUGAACGAUGUUGUGUUUAGAGAAAGAGCGUAUAUGGGAAUAGCAACUUAUGCCCUCGGUGAUUUUGAAGCCGUCGUCAAAGCCAUUUCAACAGGCGCCAUGAAUCCCGAAGGCAUGAUCACUAAAACCAUCAAACUCGACCAAGUGGCAGAAGAAGGCUUCAAGACGUUGAUCGAAGACAAGGAGAAUCAUGUCAAGAUCUUGGUGGAUGUUGGCGCAGGGAUAUAA